UCUCACAAAAUCCAAAACUUUGCUUCCUCUCUAAUCUGUUAUAUUUAAGCAACAACUGGGUUUAAAAAAAAGAUUCUAGCGAAAAGAAAAGCCUCAGAUUUUUCCAAAGUUACCGUUUUGUAACUCAGGCAGAAAAGGUUCAUUAGACAUAAAUGUUCUUUACAAAAACUAUCACAGUGAUGUUCCCAACACUUCUAGAUGCGGUGCAUUUAUUUUUAUUUUAUUCAUGAUUGUCUUUUAUUCCCUCCAACAGGGGCCUCUCGGCUUGGAUGGCAAACCAGGCUUACCGGGUCUCAAAGGAAGUCAGGGCCUGCCCGGACCCAAGGGAGAGAAGGGCGACCAAGGAGACAUUGGGCCAAGGAUGGUUUUCCCCCGAUAUGAUCACGGCUUUCUCGCUGGAGAGCAGUCCAGCAGCUUUCAGAGACGCUUUCUGAAGGGUGAUCAAGGCCAAGCUGGACCCGCCGGACCUCCCGGUCCUCCUGGGCCUCCUGGCGCCCGUGGGCCCCCAGGAAACACCGGGAAGGAUGGGCCUGGUGGAGAGCCGGGUUUGCCAGGUCGGGAUGGUGUUGAGGGACCGCAGGGACCGCCUGGGAAACCGGGAGAAGAUGGAGAGCCUGGCUAUCCAGGAGUGCAGGGCCCUCCAGGGCAGAGGGGGGAGCCAGGUAUGGGAGAGAAAGGAGAGAGAGGCAUGGAUGGAGUCCCAGGAUUAAAGGGCGAUAAAGGAGAAGCGGGAGAACAAGGACCACAGGGACCCAUGGGCUAUCCCGGUGAAAAGGGCUCUGCCGGCUCCUCAGAUAUUGUCGAUUUCAACGGGAAGCUCCUAGAUGCCUUCCAGGCCAUCAAAACCAUCAGCGUUUCGGGCCCACCUGGACCACCAGGACCUCCUGGCCCUGCAGGGGAAAAGGGAGAGCUUGGAUUGCCUGGGCCUGCAGGGGUAGAUGGAGAAAAGGGAUCCAGAGGUGAUUUGGGUGAAACGGGACCUCCUGGUGAGAGAGGAGAGAAAGGAGAGAUGGGUCUGUCUGGACCUUCUGGGAUGGACGGACAGAAGGGGGAAAAAGGAGACUGCCGGCUGGAUGACAACCUGAUUCAGAUGAUCUCUCAGCCGGGCCCUCCCGGUCCUCCGGGCCCUCCAGGAAUUCCCGGGUCCCCAGGAUCCAUGGGUCUGCAUGGCAUGCCCGGUCCUAAGGGCGAACCAGGAGCUGGGAUCAAGGGAGAGAAAGGGGAUCAUGGGUCUCCUGGAUACAAAGGGCUGGACGGCCACCAGGGCCCACCUGGGGCCCCUGGGUUAGUGGGCCUUCCAGGUGCAAAGGGGGAAAAGGGCCGACCGGGGGAGCCGGGACUAGAUGGUUUUCCGGGUCUGAGAGGAGACAAAGGUGAACGAGGAGAAAAAGGAGACAAGGGUGACAGAGGGACGGUGGGGAAGAGAGGUCUGAAGGGCAACAAGGGAGAACAAGGUCCUCCAGGACUGGACCAGCCCUGUCCUGUGGGCUGUGAUGAGAGUAAAGGUCACUCUGUGAAGGCAGGGCUUUCUUCUCCUGCUCCUCUUCCUCCUUCUGGCCCUGAGGCCCCCUGUCCUGUGGGACAUGACGGGCUUCCAAUACCAGGCUGUUUGCAUAAGUGAUGACUAACCAGCAGCAUGGGACCUGUACAUAUUGAUAUGGUAUAUUUUGCAGCAGUGUUACUACCCCAACAGCCUUUUUUUCCUCCCUUUUUAAAAAAUAAAAUAAAAUCCUAUUAUAUAAUAUAUUGAAAGAUAAAGAACAAGGACCUUUUUAGCCUUUUUGUAAAACUCACAAUGCAGUGCGAAAGCAGCCAUGAACUGGCAGUGGGACUUUUAGCUUGAAGGACAGUCCAAAUGUCAGUGUUGGAGUAGAAGAGUGCCUCGCUAACAGAGUGUGACUGACGUGUGGUAACCACAAGUGGCAUAGCGGCUGUAUGACGGUGUGUGCACUCAUCCAGAUCUCACCGAUGGAUGGAUGGAUGUUCGAAGGGAUGGGAUUUUUUUUUUUUUUUUACGGAGGAGUUUGGAGUCAGUGCUCUCUUGUCCUCUCUCUGUGUGUGUUUUCUACAAGGAGGAAAUGGCGAGGCAGAAGCUCAAACGUAAGCGUCUCUCUCAGCCCUGAGACAAAUGGAGCCCCGGCGGGGAGAGGACACACAAAUGGGCAGAGAGAGUGAAGCAAAAGGGCUUUUACUGAAGAAGAGCUUCAUAUCUGAUGCCUCUGCGUCACACUCAGAUCUUGCAUUACAGAGACUCUCCAGGAGGGGGCGACAGAACUCUGCAUUUCCACAUUCACCUCUGAUGGGAAAGAAACCUGUUGCUGAUGAUGUUGCGCGGUAGCUUGAUAACCAGUGGAAGUUUUCUGGGAGUCACUGACGUCCCUGGCACAUAAGGAAGGGAAUUACUGUGCAGAUAGUCUGUUAUAAUAAUAUGUCGUUUGAGAUUGUUGUAAAAUAUUAGUGCAUGGCAGUGUUGUUUAGCACUCUGACAGCAUGUGGGACUUCCAGUCAAACCCUGACACGACAGAAUAUUCAUUUUUGUUUGCAGUAAGCAUUAUUUACAUAUAAGAUCCCUUCAAAAUACCAUUAAGUCAACUAAUGUAAAGCUUACAUUUUGUGUGUUGUAUUAGUUUUGCAUAUUGUUUUUAUGUUUCUCCAGUUACAGUUUGCAUUCCUGUGUAUUGGUUUGAUUACCGAGUAAAAUAUGAAGGAACCAUU